AUGUCUGUCUCUGAAAUAGUAAAUAGCAUUCCUAGAUUCUUUGUUGGGACUGAAGAGGGAGAAGCAGAUGAGCUCGAUUCCACCAAAUCUGGAAGUUUUGAGCACUUCUAUGAACAUGCUGAUGAAGAAGAUGAUGAAGAUGAGUCUCCACCAGAAAGGCAGAUUGUGGUUGGAAUAUGUUCCAUGGCAAAAAAAUCCAAAUCAAAACCAAUGAAGGAAAUUCUUGAACGUGUCUCCUUGUUUAAAUAUAUCGCAGUAGUAAUAUUUGAAGAGGAAGUAAUUUUAAAUGAACCAGUAGAAAACUGGCCACUAUGUGAUUGUCUUAUUUCUUUCCAUUCUAAAGGAUUUCCACUGGACAAAGCAGUUGCCUAUGCAAAACUCAGGAACCCAUUUGUGGUCAAUGACUUGAAUAUUCAAUAUCGCAUACAAGACAGGAGAGAAGUUUAUAGUAUUCUUCAGUCUGAAGGCAUUUUACUUCCUCGUUAUGCAAUUUUAAACCGUGAUCCAAAUAAUCCCCAAGAAUGUAAUCUAAUUGAAGGGGAUGAUCACGUGGAAGUAAAUGGAGAAGUUUUCCAAAAGCCAUUUGUAGAAAAACCCCUCAGUGCUGAGGAUCACAAUGUUUACAUUUAUUAUCCAACAUCUGCUGGAGGUGGAAGCCAAAGGCUCUUCAGGAAGAUUGGAAGUAGAAGUAGUGUUUACUCACCAGAAAGCAGUGUGAGAAAAACCGGUUCUUACAUAUAUGAAGAGUUCAUGCCUACAGAUGGCACUGAUGUCAAGGUAUACACAGUAGGUCCAGAUUAUGCCCAUGCUGAAGCACGGAAAUCUCCUGCACUUGAUGGCAAAGUAGAACGGGAUAGUGAAGGAAAGGAAGUCAGAUAUCCUGUUAUCCUCAAUGCAAGAGAGAAGUUAAUUGCUUGGAAAGUCUGCCUUGCAUUUAAGCAAACGGUUUGUGGCUUUGAUUUGUUACGUGCCAAUGGACAGUCCUAUGUCUGUGAUGUCAAUGGCUUCAGUUUUGUGAAGAAUUCUAUGAAAUAUUAUGAUGACUGUGCAAAAAUACUUGGUAACAUUAUAAUGCGAGAGCUUGCUCCACAAUUUCAUAUCCCCUGGUCAAUACCAUUAGAAGCUGAAGAUAUCCCAAUUGUGCCAACAACAUCUGGAACUAUGAUGGAACUUAGAUGUGUUAUAGCAGUUAUACGCCAUGGGGAUAGGACACCAAAACAGAAAAUGAAAAUGGAAGUGAGGCAUCAAAAAUUUUUUGAUCUUUUUGAAAAGUGUGAUGGAUAUAAAACUGGAAAAUUAAAAUUGAAAAAGCCAAAACAAUUACAGGAAGUAUUGGAUAUUGCUAGACAACUUUUAAUAGACCUAGGACAGAACAAUGAUUCUGAAAUUGAAGAAAGUAAAUCAAAACUUGAACAAUUAAAAACUGUAUUGGAGAUGUAUGGUCAUUUUUCUGGAAUAAAUCGUAAGGUUCAAUUGACCUAUCUCCCUCAUGGUUGUCCUAAAACAUCUAGUGAGGAAGAAGACAAUCGAAGAGAAGAGCCAUCUUUACUUUUGGUUCUGAAAUGGGGAGGAGAAUUAACUCCUGCAGGACGGGUCCAGGCUGAAGAACUUGGAAGAGCUUUCAGGUGCAUGUAUCCUGGAGGACAAGGUGACUAUGCAGGAUUUCCUGGUUGUGGUUUACUAAGAUUACAUAGUACCUACCGACAUGACCUCAAAAUAUAUGCUUCUGAUGAGGGAAGAGUUCAAAUGACUGCAGCUGCUUUUGCAAAGGGACUUCUGGCUUUAGAGGGUGAGCUUACCCCUAUUCUUGUCCAAAUGGUAAAAAGUGCAAAUAUGAAUGGACUUUUGGAUAGUGAUAGUGAUUCCCUAAGCAGUUGCCAGCAUCGUGUGAAAGCAAGACUUCAUGAAAUACUUCAGAAAGACAGAGAUUUCACUUCUGAAGACUAUGAAAAGCUUACUCCAUCUGGAAGCAAUUCUGUUAUCAAAUCAAUGCAAUUAAUCAAAAAUCCUGUGAAGACCUGUGACAAAGUUUACUCUUUGAUUCAAAGUUUGACUUCUCAAAUCAGACAAAGAAUGGAAGUUCCCACAUCAUCAGAUAUCCAGCUUUAUCAUAGUGAAACGUUAGAGCUAAUGCUACGUCGAUGGUCCAAGUUGGAAAAGGACUUUAAAACAAAGAAUGGAAAAUAUGACAUCAGUAAAAUCCCUGACAUUUAUGACUGUAUAAAAUAUGAUGUUCAGCAUAAUGGCUCUUUGAAACUAGAAAAUACAAUGGAUUUGUACAGGCUUUCAAAAGCAUUAGCAGAUAUUGUUAUACCUCAAGAGUAUGGCAUAUCUAAAAUUGAAAAACUAGAGAUUGCCAAAGGCUAUUGCACUCCUUUGGUUAAGAAAAUUCGAUCAGAUCUUCAGAGAACACAAGAUGAUGACACUGUAAAUAAGCUCCAUCCUCUGUAUUCCAGAGGUGUCAUGUCCCCUGAGCGUCAUGUCCGUACUAGAUUAUAUUUCACCAGUGAAAGUCAUGUACAUUCUUUACUAUCUAUCCUUCGUUAUGGUGCCUUAUGUGAUGAAUCAAAAGAUGAUCAGUGGAGGCGAGCUAUGGAUUACCUAAAUGUUGUCAGCGAACUCAAUUACAUGACUCAGAUUGUUAUCAUGCUCUAUGAGGAUCCAAACAAGGAUCUGUCCUCAGAAGAGCGUUUUCACGUUGAGUUACACUUUAGCCCAGGAGCCAAAGGCUGUGAAGAAGACAAAAAUUUACCAUCUGGGCAUGGUUAUAGACCUGCUUCGAGAGAGAAUGAAGAAAAAAAGAAAACUUCCAGAAGAACUGACUCCACUGAUGAGGGACUUAGACAUAAAAAGGAUGAGCCUGAAAAAUGUGCAUUACUUUGUAAACCUAUGGUAUCAGAUCCAAUUCAUAUAUUCAAAAAAACUUCUGUUAUACGACCUAGGAAAACCGAAGUAGACUAUUCAAGUAAAACCUUGAAGACUUUUUCCAGCGCCCACCACCUCCAUGGAAAUCAGAAGUUUGUACUUCCUAAAGACACACAGAGAAACAGACUAUUCUCUUCAUUUGGUGAAGAGAGCCCCCUGAGUGUGUCUAGCCCAGAGGGUACUGGUACCUGGCUGCAUUACACCAGUGGUGUGGGUACUGGGCGUCGAAGACGCAGAUCAGGGGAACAAAUCACCUCUUCCCCUGUCUCCCCUCAAUCACUGGCAUUCACAUCCAGUAUUUUUGGCUCAUGGCAACAGGUUGUUUCAGAAAAUAUUACUUUUCCAAGAAAAAGGGCUGUGGACCUGAAACAGAGUGCAGUAGGGUCUCACUGUGCGAGCCUGUUUAGCACCUCGGUGCUCGGGGGUUCUUCAAGUGCACCUAACCUACAGGAUUAUGCUCGUACUCAUCGUAAAAAGCUGACUUCUUCUGGCUGCAUAGAUGACGCCACACGUGGUUCUGCUGUUAAAAGGUUUUCUAUCUCAUUUGCUCGACACCCAACCAAUGGCUUUGAAUUAUAUUCCAUGGUGCCAUCUAUUUGUCCUCUAGAAACUCUUCACAACGCCUUAUCUUUAAAGCAGGUGGAUGACUUUCUUGCUUCCAUUGCACUUCCAUCGAAUGAAAGAAGAAUGACAGCUGAUGAAUAUUCUUCAAGUUGCACUUCACUUACACCUCCAAGAAGAAAGGUAUCUUUAAAUACCUACACACCUACAAAGAUCCUCCCAACACCAUCUUGCAGCUUAACAAGUACUAAAGGAAGCAAAGAAGCCACCAGUCCAUCUAAAAAGACUUCAUCUAACAAAACAGAAGAUACAACUCAAGAUAAAACUUCUCAGAAGAAAUGAAAUCUUUUUGAAACUGGAACCAGGUGCCUCCCUCAAAAAAUAAACUAUUAAGGGGGGUAGGGAGGAAUAGUAAACCUUUACUUCUCAAAGCCAUUCAUUUAAGUUCCUUGCUGUAUACUACAUAUCCAUUUAAAUAUUUUCAGAGCUGCUGUAACACUUUGCAUAUAUUCAGGUAAAAGGGUCUUUUGUCAUUGUCUUUAUUUAAGACAGAUGUCCUGAAUGUUUAGCUCAUUUUUGUAUAUUUAAAAAAGCUACACAAAUUUUUUUGAGUGUCAAAUGUUUACUGUGUACCUGUAGUAGAGGAAGAAAGGUGGUGGGAACAGCCCCAAUGGUAAAAAUUGUGGCUCUAAUAAUGUCACUAGACAGUAUGAUAUUAUUGCCAUUAUGCAGUCCUCUAUUUUCAGAUUACAAAUUGGCAUUGAAAACCUUUUUGAGGUUGAAACAGCAGCCUGAAAAUACUGUUUAUUUAAAUACAUUUCCAGAAAGCUCUCAUUGAAGUUAAAUCUUUUAUAUUAUGGAGGUUGUUGUUAAAGUAACUACUUAUGCUGCAAUAUUUUGUCAUCAGGAGUAUUGAAGGGUGAUAUUUCUAUUGUCCAUGCUUUAAAUCUUUUUUUAAUGUGUAUUUGUAUAUGUUUGAGUUAAAUUCAAUAUUAUUUGAGGAUUAAUUUGCAUAGUUGGAUUUAAUAUUCCCUUAUACAAAAAAAUAUAUAAAUUACUUUGUAGAAAAACUUCUUAUAUAUUUAUAUUUUCUUAUAUAGAGUGCUUUUGUUUGUCAGAAAAUUGCUUAUUUCAUGUAAUGACAGGAAAGCAUCUCUUGGGUUUAAUUUUUUUAAGGGUAACUUUACAAAUUUUCCAGUAAGAGAAAUUUUAAAUAAUAUGUACCUAUUCUCAAGUGAUAAUGAUCCUUUUCGACUUAAAUAAUUCGGUCCCCAAAUCAAGCAACAUUAUUAGAAUAAUUGGAUGUUGACUGUUCAGACUUCUAAACCUCAAAAACUUCUUAGGUUAGUAAUGUUUGUACCACCUUCAUUCUUUCUGUGAUUCUUUUUUUUUAAGGUAAUCUCAUUAUAAAAUGUCAAGCUUAAGCAUUUUAAAUGGGUGCUUUUAAAAUGAUCGGAUUUUUAGCAUCAUUGUCUGAGAUCAUUGUGUGUUGUAAUUUCAUCUGUGGUAUGGAGAAUUAAGUCUUCAGAAUGAUCAUCCUCUCAUUCUUUUCACUGCCUCAUUUAUGAUGAGCCACUUAAGACUAUAAACCAAACAAGAUAGCCCGAUACCAAGAAAUCUAUGUAUUACAAAUUAGAUAACUUCUCUUGGUAGAAUAUUAGGUUAAACUAAACGUUUAAGGAUAAGUAACUUUUUCUUGAAUACUCUCAGUAUGAACAGAAUUUAUCUCACAAGGGAAACUGUACCAAUUGUCAAAUGAUCAUAUAUGAAUGGCUUUUAGCAAAUAGGCAUAGUAAGUGCUAGUUAUAUAAAGGUACCAAAUACAAAGGAUACACAAACAUAUGACUUCAUACAUUUCACAUGAAUGUAUAUGUAUAAUAUAAGCAUUCUAAUGUACAUGUUAAAUUUCCUGUGUUUUAAAUGUACUUAUCAUUCCAUUAAAGUCUUCAUUUAAAAAAUAGUUGCUGAGCUUAAUAAAAAUGGCAGUUUCACUGGGUACUG